AUGACUUCAGAAAUCACGAACCAACUAGCGGCAACGCAGCUGAGCGAUGCCACACCGUCAGGAGAGGCCAAUUGGAAGGCUGGACUGAACGCGCCCGUAAAAGAUGCGCGACCACAAACAGAGGAUGUUACCGCUACCAAGGGACUUGAGUUCGAAGACUUCUUUAUCAAGCGCGAGUUGAUGAUGGGCAUCUUUGAGGCUGGCUUCGAGAAGCCAUCGCCCAUUCAAGAAGAGACCAUCCCUGUAGCACUUACCGGCCGAGACAUCCUUGCACGAGCGAAGAACGGCACCGGAAAGACUGCCGCCUUUGUCAUCCCCACCCUCGAGCGCGUAAACCCCAAGAGCCCAAAGACACAAGCCCUCAUCCUCGUACCCACCCGAGAACUCGCCCUACAAACCUCCCAGGUAUGCAAGCAGCUGGGAAAACACCUUGGAAUCAAUGUCAUGGUCUCGACCGGUGGUACGGGCCUUAAAGACGACAUCAUACGGCUAAACGAUCCUGUCCAUAUCAUUGUUGGAACACCAGGCAGGAUUCUGGAUUUGGCUGGCAAGGGCGUAGCAGACCUUUCAGCUUGCCAGACCUUUGUCAUGGAUGAGGCCGACAAGCUCCUUUCCCCUGAGUUCACCCCGGUCGUGGAGCAGUUGCUUGGCUUCCACCCCAAGGACAGACAGGUCAUGCUUUUCAGUGCCACGUUCCCCAUUGUUGUCAAGAGCUUCAAGGACAAGCACAUGAACUCCCCGUACGAGAUCAACCUAAUGGACGAGCUUACACUUCGCGGUAUCACACAGUACUACGCUUUUGUUGAAGAGAAGCAGAAGGUUCACUGCUUGAACACCCUCUUCAACAAGCUCCAGAUCAACCAGUCCAUCAUCUUCUGUAACUCUACGAACCGAGUCGAGCUUCUCGCUAAGAAGAUUACCGAACUCGGCUACUCGUGUUUCUACUCGCAUGCUCGCAUGCUCCAGCACAACCGUAACCGCGUUUUCCACGACUUCCGUAAUGGUGUAUGCCGAAACCUUGUAUGCUCCGACUUGCUCACCCGUGGUAUCGAUAUCCAGGCAGUCAACGUUGUCAUCAACUUUGACUUUCCCAAGAACGCAGAGACGUAUCUGCAUCGUAUUGGUCGUUCUGGUCGUUUCGGACAUCUGGGUCUGGCUAUUAACCUGAUCAACUGGGAAGACCGUUUCAACCUGUAUAGGAUCGAACAAGAGCUUGGUACUGAGAUUCAGCCCAUUCCCCAGGUCAUUGAGAAGAACCUUUACGUCUACGAGUCGCCCGAGUCGAUCCCCCGUCCCAUGUCCAACCAACCGCGUGCUCCUGCCCAGAUUCAGCAACAAGAGCAAGAAGGCGCUGCACGCGGAAACCCCAACGCCCGUGGCGGCUUCCGCGGUGGACGUGGCGGUGGCGGUGGCUUCCAGGGACAACGCCGAGGACCUCCACAGAACCAGCAAAACCGUCAACAGAAUGGCCAGAACACUCAGCGGAAUCCUAGACCGCAGCCUGCAAACCCACCACAGGCCUCGUAA